AUGGCAACCAAGGCAACGACAACGGUGCGUGCGACGUUUAAAGCGACGAACAGACGCGAUCGCGGAUGUGGUGGCGUCGCGAAGACGGAACAAAGUCGACGACGUGAACAAAUCACUCGAACGUCCAUUCGAACGUCGACGCGUCUUCGAGCGCUCGAAAGCGACGAGGAUGAGUUCGCGGUGUUCCGAUUUACGCUCGGGAGCGAUGUUUUAAGCGACGACGACGUCCCGCGAGCGGUCGGGGCGUUAGGAGGGUUGGCGCUGUGCGCGAACGGAGCGACGAGCGGCGCGGCGGCGGCUGGCGACGCGCUCGCGAGGAGCGAGAUCAUCGGCGCGAUGUUAGUCUUGGGGUGCCUAAUCGCCCCCACUAUCGGUGCUUACGUGAAGCGGAACGAGGACGGGGCGAUCGGGGGCGGUGGGCGGGCGGACUCGGGUGAUGACGCGAGUGGGUCGUCGACAUUCGCCCUGGACGAGCGAGCGAGCGAGCGGGCGAGCGAAGAUUUGGCGUGGGCGUCGUACGCGGUGCUUACAAACACGCUCGCGUGCGGGGUGAUGUAUGUCGACGCCGAUGGCGUCGCGAGAGUUGCUCGAGGGCGACUGCGGUCGCGCUCGGAUGGGAGAUUGGAUGAGAGCAAAUCGGAGGCGCUGGCUCGGGCGACGUCCGCGUUCGCCGCGUCGAGUCUCGGGCGUGAGGGCGGCACCUUUGACACCUACCUCUCGUCGAGACGCGAGAUCGAUAAAGAGGGUGCGAACGAGUGGGAAUUCCUCCCGCCUGACGCUGAGUGCGUGUUCGCGUGUCGUCCUGCCGACGCCAAAGGCGUCGUCGUCGCCUGGAGUCUCAGCGCGCGCGCGUUCGGUAAGAAGGACCGCGCCUGGCUCGACGCCUUGGCCCUCAAGCUCGAUCGGCAUUCGUUCUCGUGA